AAGGCGAGUCAUGUCAAUGUCAGACAGUUCGUUUGUUUUGUGUGUUAAUAUUUUGACAUUUAUAAAUGAAAUACAUGUGAAUUCUCAUUUAAUUUGUGAAUAAUAAAGCCGCUUACUAUUGUGGUAUCUUUAUUUUAAAUUAUUAGAUAGUAUUUGCCGGUUAUCUGCAGUUUUUAGCAUAUGAUGCAAACAAGAUGAAUGCUGAUUUAAAAGAUGCGUUUUCGCGCAUUAAGCCCGUGUGCGAUGUGCUCAUGGUGGGCCCGACGGAGGAGAGUAUCGAAGCCUUCUUGGAGCGCAUCGCUGAAUUAAAGAAGGAAGUGAUUCAGGAGUUGCAGCAGUACUUGCUGUUCCCACUCAUCACACACAUGAAGGGUCGAGAGGGAGAGCGGAAUUAUGAAAUCCAGACAAAGGUACUAGAUUGCAUGAGGAGCGUGCUAGAAAGGGUGGUCAUCAAUAGCUUUGAGAUGUCCAUGAAGAUUGAAAUAGGUCUGCUGCAAAUUGUGUUCGACCACACAAAGCCUGGAAUGAUUGCAGAAGUUCCGGAAGAACUAAAACUGAGUGUGAUGAACUGUCUGACAGUUCUACAACUGAAUGUUGAUCUGAAGCACAGAGAGACGAUGCUGAAGACUCAAGUGCCAUUGCUGGGUAAGGCUGUCUAUGUGUGUGUGCAUAUAGCCAAGCUGGAGAAACUUAGAGCUCUCAGGUUAUCAGCCAUAAACAGCGUUAUGGCGCAUACAGCGACACACCCGACAAUGACCACAGAGUACCGCAUUGUAGACCCGGUACGAGAGAAGCAGGUCGUAGACAUGCUAUCUCUGAUCCUACCUGGCGUGUUAGGAGCGUUACAAGACGUAGCUACCUGCAAGAACAACCCUGGACAUGUGCUAGUAGUGACAGCAAUAAACGCGAUGCAUCGCAUAUUAUGUCUGGCUAUGAAUAAUAAGUUCAUGACCCCCACUGCUGAUGUCACCGUGGAAGACUUUGCCAACAUGUACAAACAGAAAGAAAACAAAGAGAAAGAAGUAAGCAGUAAGGUUAUUGAUCCUAAAACCCUGCCGGUCCGUAGUCCGCAAUGGUUUAAGGUUGCCGGUGAGAAGUUACUCUUGAUCACCAAAAGUGUGGUCUCUUUGCGAACACAUGAACACUUUAAAGUGAGGCAAGAACUCGCUAUUUACUGUUCUAGACUGCUGUUUGAAUGUAAUAUCGCACUGAUAACCUCAGUGCCUCUAGCCCUGGACUCCCUCAUCCUGCUAGCGAGAGACGACUAUGCCGAAGUUUCGGAAUACUGCAGUAGCGCCAUUAACACUUACUUCGAACACGCCACGGAAGACGCGAGGAUGAAGACUUUGGACUCGCUCUGUGAAAGCUUCUUCGCGACCAUUAAUAGUCUGCCUAGGGUUAUGAAUAAUAUUGACACGGAGCGCAAGGCGGCGUCACUGAGCCUCGUGCAGGGCUACAUCUGGGUGCUGCGCGGCACGGGGCGGCUGGCGUCGCUGCUGGGGGCCCGCGACAGCGUGCAGGCGGUGUGCGUCGCGCUCGCGCAGUGCGUCGCGCUGCAGCCCGCGCUCUCCGCGCUCUCGCUGCACGCUGCCACAGACGUGACGUCCCCGCCGCCGACGGACUCGCCGUGGUGCAAGCCGCGGCACCUGGACAGCUGGGAGUGCGAGCGCCGCAUGCACGAGGUGCUGCGACAGCUGGGCGAGUCCGACUGCUGUAUGUUGCUGCUAGAUAAACUGCUCGAGCUGUUUGAGAAUGAUCACAGCUGUGAGAUCGUCUAUGUGUGUAACUGGAUGGCUGUUGCGCAAUACACAUCAGAAGACUUCGUGAAGCGUCUCCUAAACGUGUACAUUGAAGAAGACGUAUGGUACUUGCCACUAGAGGUGAUCAGUACCGAGCCUGUGCUAACCGAUGAUGAGACGCUCGACGUCACCGUGUACAACCCCAGGGCUUGGGAGAAGGACAGUGUGCCAGACCUAUACGAAGGAGCAACAGAAACCCGCUACACAGACAUAAGCUACCGCGUCCCCCGCCCCGCUCCCCCGGGCCCCCGCGGGCCGCACUCGUGCGCGACGCCGGCGGACGCGCACCGCAACAUGCUGCUGUCGUGUCUGCUCACCGAGGGCGUCGGCGUCAUCGCCAACAGGCUGAAAGACAAGUUUCAGCCCUUCUUGUUGAAGACCCUGUGUUUAGUGCUGGAGAGAAUUGGCAGUAAAUACGAGAUGCUGCGUUUAGCCGGGCUCAAGACUAUACACAGCAUAGCGCAGGCGGGCGGACACAGCAGUGUCGCCGACCUCAUCAAGUGUAACGCCGACUACUUCACCAACCAAGUCACUGUCAGACUCAAGAAGGCGUGGAACUGCCAGUCAGCGCUGCAGAUCCUGGCGGUGGUGAUGGAGUACAGCGACUCCUCUAUACUCAACUAUCUCUAUGGGAUCGUUCAAGAUGUUCUAGUCCAAAGUUGUGAUAAAUACUACGAGAAAGAUCUCUACGCAUACUUACAAGUGUUCCUAACGUUCGUCGAGUGUAUACGCAAGUGGUACAACAUUACCGACGCCCCGCCAAAGACUUUCACUGCUAACACACACAUAGACAUUAUGUCUGACGUCACGGUGUUCGUAGAGAGCAAAGAGACGGCAGAGAGAUUGUUGAGUCAACAGGAGUUUGAGAAAGAGAGUGGCAAGAGUGUAGAGGAGAUGUAUCGGGAAGAUGUUAAGAAGAAGGAGGAAGAUUUGCUGGAUUAUGAUGAUACUGUUACAGAAGAAAAACCCCCACCGCCGCAAUACGUGGCCGUCAUAGUAGCGAUUCUAAAACGCUGUCUCAACUACGUGAGCUCAACACAGCGCGACAACUGCAUCCUCGCACUACAAGUGCUUAACCGGGGCCUGCCUGCCUUACGUCACCAGCCCGACGAGCUGCUACCCCUCGUGCACCGCACCUGGGGCCCGCUGGCGUCCCGCCUGGGGCCCGGCAGCCCGCGUCGGGGGCCCAGGGGCCCGCGACCGGGGAGCAACGGUCGCGACGGACCUGACGCGCCUGUCAUGAGACAUGCGUUUGAUCUGCUCGUUACUAUGGCCGAUUUGGCGAAAGAUUUUAUUAGGAGUCGGGCUAUCAAGGACGCCCUCCCCCACAUCUACAGCUUCCUCCAACACUCCUCCCACGACAGCUACCUCAAGGACGUGGGCUCCGCUUAUCGCAGCAGCCCCGCCUUCAGUCUGCAGAUCAGCGCGUUAACCGCCCUACCCAGGCUGGCUACUGAUCUCAUGCUCGAAGACGAAGCCCUGGAAGAUGUCAUGAACUGUGUCCAGCCGUACUUGUCGAAGAGACAGCCUAAGGCUUUGCAGGCAUCAGCAGUAGAAUUCUUCAAAAUCAUCCUGCAGUACGACUACGGUGCCGCAUGGUACCACCUGAGAGGGAUGUGCGACAACGAGGAAGUACUCCAGCCUCCCGCCAACUCCGUUCAUUUAGAGCCUGUUGUCGGCACACCCUACGUAGCCACUAAUAAGGAUUAUCAACGUAAUAUUAAUUUAAUAUUCAAUGCUAAUAAUAUGGUAUCGUAAUAAUAUAAUAUUAAAUCACUUUUUUAAUUAUCUCA